AAGUGUCAAAGGUCACGAGGGCGGAGAGGCGGAAGCGCUCGGCAAUCCGAGUCGGCGGAGGGGGGGCUCCCGUUUCUCCCGCUCGAGCUCGGACCCCCGCAGGCCCGGGACCCUCCGCGGGGCGGCCCCUAUGAGUGUGUCUCUGGUGGUCCUUCGCUUGGAGCUGGCCGAGUCUUCGCCCGUGCCGGGCGGCUUCUCUUACAGCGCUGCCGCUACUGAGAUGUCUGAUGAGGUGAUGCAGGAGACAUCUUUGGCCGCCGCCGCCGCCGCCGCUGCUGCGGUGACCUUGGAGGGCAAGGCUCCCGUGGAGAGGGCGACCAUCAUCCACCAGCACAUUGGCCGGCGAGAGAUGACGGACGUGAUCAUUGAGACGAUAAAGCCGGAUCCAGAUGAGGUGAAAAAGCUGACGGACAAAGUUGGUGCAGCUGAGGCUUCCUCCACUGAGGGUCACAAUAAUCAGGAUGGCCAAAGUGGAAGCAGUGGGACCACACCGGAUUCUCCCUCAAAGCAGCUCCCUGACCAGAUCUCCUUUUUUAGUGGGAAUCCAUCGGUUGAAAUAGCUCACGGCAUUAUGCAUCUCUACAAGACAAACAAAAUGACCUCGUUAAAAGAAGAGGUGCGGCGUAGCGCCAUGCUGUGUAUUCUCACAGUCCCUGCCACAAUGACCAGCCACGACCUCAUGAAGUUUGUGGCGUCUUUUUAUGAUGUCAUCGAACACAUGAAAAUCAUCCGAGAUUCCACCCCAAACCAGUACAUGGUCCUCAUCAAAUUCCGGACCCAGGCAGAUGCAGACAGCUUCUACAUGGCUUGCAACGGUCGGCAGUUUAACUCCAUAGAAGAGGACGUUUGUCAGCUCGUCUAUGUGGAAAGGGCAGAGGUCUUCAAGUCAGAGGAUGGGGCCAGCCUGCCCGUCAUGGACCUGACCGAGCUCCCCAAAUGCACCGUCUGCUUGGAGAGGAUGGAUGAAUCGGUCAACGGGAUCCUGACCACCGUCUGCAACCACAGCUUCCACAGUCAGUGUCUGCAGCGGUGGGAGGACACCACGUGCCCCGUCUGCAGGUACUGCCAGACUCCGGAACCCGUAGAAGAAAACAAAUGUUUUGAAUGUGGAGUCCAAGAAAACCUUUGGAUAUGCCUCAUCUGCGGGCACAUUGGAUGUGGGCGUUACGUGAGUCGGCACGCGUACAAGCACUUUGAGGAGACGCAACACACCUACGCCAUGCAGCUGACCAAUCACAGGGUGUGGGACUACGCCGGGGACAAUUACGUCCACCGUCUGGUGGCCAGCAAAACAGACGGCAAGCUGGUUCAGUACGAAUGUGAGGGGGAUGUAUGUCAAGAAGAGAAAAUUGAUGCCUUACAGUUAGAAUAUUCCUACUUGCUAACCAGCCAGUUGGAGUCCCAGCGCAUCUACUGGGAGAACAAGAUCGUCCGAAUAGAAAAGGAUACAGCCGAAGAAAUCAACAACAUGAAGGCCAAAUUUAAAGAAACUAUUGAGAAAUGCGACUCGCUGGAACACAGACUGAACGACUUACUGAAGGAGAGGCAGUCGGUCGAACGGAAGUGGAUGCAGCCAGCUCAGCACCAAGGUGUCCAAGCUGACCAACGAGCUGAAGGAAGAGCAGGAGAUGAACAAAUGCCUGCGGGCCAACCAGCUCCUGCUCCAGAACAAACUGAAGGACGAGGAGAAGCUCCUGAAGGAGACCUGCGAGCAGAAGGACCUCCAGAUCACCGAGGUCCAGGAGCAGCUCCGCGACGUCAUGUUCUACCUGGAGGCCCAGCAGAAGAUCAACCACCUGCCCGCCGAGGCCCGGCAGGAGAUCCAGGAUGGGCAAAUCAACAUCCCCGUGGCCUCUUCGGCAGGCUCGUCCGCGGGGGGCAGCGGGAAGCCCUCCUCCCGUAAGGGGAGAAGCAAGAGGGGCAAGUGACAAGCGGGCGCAGAGGCAACGGAGGUGACCGCCAUCAGGUGCAGGAAGGGUGUCUUGUUUUGGCAAAAAUAGGCUGGGAAAUCUAACCAGGGACGAGUGUCCGGUUUCUGGAUCCUUUGCACUAAACCCAGGGCCACCGACGGCCCUGUAGGCACCUUUUCCUCUGCUAGCUAGCUUGCCUUAGGCUCUCUGUAGUGGCUGCCGGGCCUUCCUUCCCUCCCCCCCCCUCUCUCUCUGCCACCGCCGUCUUUCAGCUCCAGAGGUUUCGCCCGAGACCCUCGUUGAAAUGAAGCGCAGGAACCAAAACGCUGAGGGAGCCUUAGGUUUUAUUUCGGGAGGAGCAAGCAGGACUGCGCUCGCUUGACCUCCAUCCUAGGCUGAAAGUUAUACCUGAAUGUAGGUCUCCCACCCCAGGAUGAGUGGGAGGGGGGCAGUUAGUGGCCUUGGGAGGAUGUGGGCUCAGCUCAGCCAGAAACCUGAAAAGGUGUUGGAUUCAGGGCUGAAGUCCAUAGAUUGGGGCAUCUUCCAAGGAAAUGUGCCUCUCUUUCUUUUUGUCCUUAUGUGGUCCCCCUUCCUUCCUUCCUUCCUUCCUUCCCUCUCCUCCUCCUCCUUUUUUCCCUUCUCUUUCCUUUCUUCCCUCCCUCUUCCCUCCUCUUUGCUUUCUUUUCUCCUGCCAUGGUUUUAUCUCUGGGCCAUACAUUUUGUGGGGUCUUGUCCCCGUCCCGAUUCCCACCGUUGCCAUUUGUGGGAGAUUGGUAGCGAAAUGCGUUUGUGCACCUUUGCCUUGGCUCCCAUUGUAUCGCUUCCACUCUGGGCACCCGGGUGCAGGAAUUCCAUUGCAGAAUUCCAGGCGUGGCAUUCUGCUGCAGCGAAGCUGCUGGGAAGCUACCCGGGUGAGUAAACUCCUCCUUCCCCACCCCCCCCGAGUCUCUGUUCCAAACCCCCCUUUUCUGAAAAAGAGGAAAUAGGUGCUGGGGUAUCGAUUCUGCCCACUUUCGUGCAGGCAUUCCCCAAGGAAGGAUGCAGGGUUAGGGUUUAUCGGCUGAUAGCUAGCAAAGUCCUCGCACAGGCUGGGGUUGAGUUUGUUUGUUUGUUUGUUUUGGGGCAAAAAACACCAGGUUCCCUGCUGCUGGCUUUGACUGGAUCAGACUUUGGACAUUCUUUGUAGCAGCCUUAGACUUAGCCGCAAGCAUUAGAUACUGAACUGGCUAAACAGCCGCCGAGUUUUUAAGAAAGUUUCGUUUGCACAGUAGCUCACAUGGCACAUUGGUCCUUCAGCGCAAAGAGCCAGCCGUGGCACUUUGGGCAGCUGUGGUGUUUUGCUCCUUGAGCGUGUUAAGAGAAGUAGUCAGUUAUUGGCUAGUCUGGAGGCUCCCAAGUGACGCGGCGCCUCCAUAAGAAGACUUUCUGCAGCCAGGGUCUCCCAGGCACCUGGGCUUGGCGGCUGCAGUCCCUGGCAGUGAUCAAGCCAGCUUCAUGAGGGUUUGGAGGUUCGCCUUGGUCUAUUAAAUGCCUUCAUCCCAGCAGCUGCAUACAGGGAAGUGGUUUGCUUAGCAUCUGGUCAAAGGCCUAGAUCCUGGCUUGUCGUUUUCCUUUCAUAAGCCAGAGCCAAAAUCCAGGGCUUGUACUUGGCUUAGGAAUCUUGGCUUCUUUGGCAGCCACAAACCGGCAUCCUGAGUUUUGGCCAUCGUAAGCCAACCAAGAUGCUUGCAACCAGGCACCCUGAACCCGGUUCAAACCUGGUUCAAACAUACAAGGUCUUCACACCGCUAAUUCUGAGCUAGUGUGGCCUCAGCAGUCUUUCGCCAACAUCUGGAGGGGGUGGGGAGGCUGUACAAUGAGGAGGAAGUGUGUGUGUGCGUCACUAGCAGACACCUCACCAAUCUUCCCACUCCCUGAUUUCUGAGCUUCUGAGGCCCUGUUUUUCCUAAGAUACAAGCAUGGGACAAAUGCAUUUUAAAAUCCAAAUUGCACAGGAGGGCUAUCUGAGAGAAUAUAAGAGCCAUGAUUUCCGCCACACAGCACCUACUGAGGUUAUUAUUAUUAUUAUUAUUAUUUUGAAGGAUCCUGGGGAUUUUUUUCUUCCUCCUCCUCCUUUUGCAUUGCUAUGUUGUUGUUUUUUUGCUUCCUCAUCGAUUUCUCUUGAAACGAGGAGGAAGUGAGCGCAUGGCCACACCGUCAGGCGUGCGGGAAACGGAUUCUGACGGAGAACAAGAAAGGAAGAAGGGACGAGUCCAGAAUGAACAGGAGCUGGUUGCCAAGGAAAGAGUAACUACACUUUUAUUAGCAGAUUUGUCAUUAGUCGACCAUUGGAGGGAGUGUGUGUGUGUGUGUAUGUGUGUGAACCUGUACUGCUGUUGCUUCGGCUGAGAGGCUCCUCUCCAAACUGAUCAAGACGCAGGCAGUUUUUAGGGGCGUUUUCAAUUCUGUUUGUAACUGGGAACCCCCACUUAACGUGCCGAGGCAGAGCAAUGAAAACAAAAAUCCUCCAAUGGAUCUCAGCUGAGAAGAGCCGGUCUUAUUCAGGGGUAGCAUGUAGCUUGACUGGCGCUCAAAACAUCCAUCAGUGUCUACUUUAAAAAAAUAAAUAAAUCUUGAUUGUAACAUCAGCAACGAGAGCAUAUUAAACCGGAUAAAAGUCCAACCUGUGAUAUUUGUGCGUAACACGCGUAUUUGUUUGUUAAGUGGUCUACGGCACAAAAGUUAGGAUUUGCCUAAUUAUAGUUUAUUGGCAGGGUGGCUGGGUCUUUGUAACGAGCUAGGCCAGGAACCGUAGCUUAUAUACGGCGUUGAGGCCCAUACGCUAAUCGGUUCCUUUGACUUACCCGUCUCUCCUUAAUGCAAUUCCUUUCCAAGCGUCCCUUCUGAAGAAAAGGUCUUUUUUAAACAAAACAAGAAAAAAAGAUGUUCUGGUAAGAAAAAAAGCUGUCCUUGUAGACUCCCAGCUUAAGUUAUAAACCCAGGAAAGAGUCCAAAAAGUUAUUGUUCGCAGGUGCUACCUUAACUUGUUGGAUCCCUUCUCAUUUGUGGGGGGGUGUGUGUGUGUGUCACUGAAUCAUUGGAGAUCUGCUUGCAGGGAUCAGUUUAGUUCCUCUCAUUGAGAUCGGCUGAUUUUUUGCUGUCCUGUUCUCUUUGCUAACCCUCCUGAUAAAGUGACUUUUGUGAGGAAAGGGGGCUCGUGCAGAAACAAUGGAUGCCAAAGAGGCCACCGGACAAAGGACACAUUGAAAUCCAGCAGCCGUUCCAACCAUGGCCCAGUCCUUUGUGGUGGUGCAGAGGAAGUAGCAGGGCCAGCUUUCCCUGUUGGGCACCCCGGAUGCUCUUUGCCAGUUGGUCACGUAGGCACAGGGUGGAACGGUCCAUAGCCGCUUCUGCUGGAUCCUCAAAUCCCAUUCUGCUGUUGAAGGAUCUAGAACCACCUCCGUCAUCUCUGAUUGCUGUUCUCCUUUGACCAGACCAGAGGUCGGCAACCUUAAGCACUCAAAAGAGCCCUUUGGAGCCGUUUCCCACAGAAAAAAACACCGGAAACCACAAAACCCUUUCGACAUCUAAAAUGAAGAUAACAAGGCAUAUUUUAUUGCGUCUGCUGGAGGGUUAAUGUGAUUUUUGCUCCUGAACCUCAGGGCUGUAAGACCUCACCUUUUCUUGGAUUUAUCCAUGGUUGGCCUACCGAGGGUCGAAAAGCUCAAUAAAUCGUAUGCCGGCAGGUGUCGCACA